AUGGUGUUCCUCUACGCCUCCCUCCUCGCCUGCCCUCUCUUCCUCCUCUGGAAAUGGCUCGACGGCCACCGCGACCGCCACUGCUACAUCCUCGACUACGAGUGCCACAAGCCCACCGACGACCGCAAGCUCGACACCGAGUUCUGCGGCGACGUCAUCAAGCGCAACAAGAACCUCGGCCUCGUCGAGUACAAGUUCCUCCUCAAGGCCAUGGUCUCCUCCGGCAUCGGCGAGGAGACCUACGCCCCGCGCAUGGUCUUCGAGGGCCGCGAGGAGACCCCCACCCUCCGCGACGGACUCCUCGAGAUGGACGACUUCUUCCACGACACCAUCGGCAAGCUCCUCGCCCGCUCGGGGGUCAAACCGGACGAAAUCGACCUCCUCGUCGUCAACGUCUCGAUGCUCGCCGCCGUCCCUUCCCUCACCUCCCGCAUCGUCAACCACUACAAGAUGCGGGACGACGUCAGGACGUUCAAUCUCACCGGUAUGGGCUGCAGCGCCAGCUUGAUCUCCGUAGGCAUUGUGUCGAACACCUUCCGUGCACAAAAAGACAAGGUCGCCCUCGUCGUCACUUCCGAGUCGCUCAGCCCCAAUUGGUACGCGGGCAACGACAGAUCCAUGAUCCUCGCCAAUUGCCUCUUCCGAUCGGGCGGGUGCGCGAUUCUGCUCACCAACAAGCGCUCGUUGAGGCACCGCUGCAUCUUCAAGCUCAAGACCCUGGUCCGCACACACCACGGCGGGAAGGACGAGUCGUACGGGUGCUGUAUCCAGAAGGAGGACGAACAGGGGAGGCUCGGGUUCCACCUGGCGAAGAAUCUGCCGAAAGCCGCGACCCGGGCGUUCGUCGACAAUCUCAGGGAAAUCUCCCCCAAAAUCCUGCCGGUCCGGGAGCUGGUCCGGUUCGUGGCGGUGUACUCGAUGAGGAAAUUGAAGGGGCUCGCGGCCGGAUCUGGGGCGAAGAGGGGGAAGCCGCCGGUGAUUAAUUUCAAAACAGGGGUGGAGCACUUCUGCAUCCACACGGGCGGGAAGGCGGUGAUCGACGGGAUCGGGGCGAGCCUGGAGCUGAGCGAGCACGACCUGGAGCCGGCGAGGAUGACGCUGCACAGGUGGGGGAACACGUCGGCGAGCAGCCUGUGGUAUGUGCUGGGUUACAUGGAGGCGAAGCGGCGGCUGAAGAGAGGGGAUCGGGUCCUGAUGAUCAGCUUCGGGGCGGGUUUCAAGUGCAACAGCUGCGUGUGGGAGGUGAUGAGGGAGUCGGGUAGCGGGUCGGGUUGCGGGGCGACGGUGUGGGACGAUUGCAUUCAAAGCUACCCACCAAACUCGCUGGCCAACCCAUUCAUGGCCAAGUACGGCUGGAUUAACAACGAGGAUCCCGCCACUUUUGUCCUCCCAGAAUGA